AUGGACCAGCUUGAGCCGGGAGACCCGAACCCCAGCAGCAGCAGCAGCAGCAGCAGCAGCAGCAGCAGUAGCAGCAGCAGCAGCAGCAGCAGCAGCGGGCCUGGCUGCUUGAGUGGGGCCUCGUUGUGCAGCCUUUAUGCUUCUUUGUCGCGGCACUCUUCGCUGCUGCAGCAGCGAGCAGCAACACCAGCAGCAGCAGCAGCAGCAGCAAAGGGCGCAGAGCUGCAGCGCAACCUCAAGCUCGACAGGGACUUGUUGGAGGCGCUGCAGCCUCAAGACACAUACGCUGUGGGCAGCAGCUGCGUGCACGGGUCUCUGGUCAGCGCUGCUGUAGAAGAGGAGACGCGGCAGCUAAAUCGGCAGCAGCAGCAGCAGCAGUGGCACAAGCUGCUGCAAAGAUGGACUGAAACCGAGCAGCAGCAGCAGCAGCAACAGCAGCAGCAGCAGCAACAGCAGCAGCAGCAGCAGCAGCAGCAAGUGGGUGUGUGCGUGCAGUGCAGCAGGCCUGAAGGGGGUUUAAGUUUUGCUGCUCUUGGGCAGCAGCUGCCGCUGAGUCUUUCUUCGUGGGGCCUGCGGGAGACGGGGGCUUUUGCUGCUGCUGCUGUUGCUGCUGCACUCUCUCCAGCAGCAGCAGCAGCAGCAGCAGCAGACCCCGCUGCUGCUGCCGCUGCUGCUCCCGAAAAGAAAAGGGCAGCACGCAGGAGGACAAAGAAAGACCCCAGCAGCACCACAGUCAUAGCUGACGAGCUUCUGCCAAGCGACCAGCAGCGCGAAGCAGCAACACUGCGACUAACGGCGCGGCUGCUGCGCUUCCUCCGUAAGCGGCGAGCAGCAGCAGCAGCAGCAGCAGACCCAGCAGCAGGAGCAGCAGCAGACCCAGCAGCAGCAGCAGGAGACCCAGCAGCAGCAGCAGCAGACCCAGCAGCAGCAGCAGCAGCAGCAGCAGCAGGGGGCAUCUGUCUGUGGGAGUUGGCCGUAGACCCUCGGGAGGUUUGGGGGUUUACAAAAAGCUGCAUGCGGCUUUUUUGUUUGACGGGUUUGCUGCGGGAUGGUUUGGUUUCAAUUUGCUGCGCCCCCGACGGGGUGCUCAUGGUCCACGCAACCCCUGAGGACGGCUCAAGCCCCAGCAGCAAAGGCAGCAGCAGCAGCAGCAGCAGCAGCAGCAACAGCAGCAGCAGCAGCAGCAGCAGCAGCAGCAAACCUGAGACGAGCCAGGCAGUGCUGUCUCCAUUUACUGUUGCAGUUUGGAGACAGUUAAGAGAAGCUUUGGGUUUAAAGCCCACUGACAAACCCUUGGCUAGUACAGACUCUGAAAGCGACUAA